AUGAUGAUGAUGAGCAUUAGCAUUAUCACAAGGCGGGUUGGACGAAAACGAGUGGCUUUAGCGAUUUGUGCCAUUCAUGGAGGGGACACGAUCGCUCGGAACAGAAGCGUAAAACUUCCUGUAACUUUGCAGUGUUGGUUGGACUCACAAAAACUAGUUGGAUAUGCGCCAUAUCCAAAGCUCAAAAGGAUUAAAGGAUCAAUUGCUGCUAAAGUGAUCGAUUGGGGAUAA